AUGCCGCCACGGAAAAGCGGUGCAUCGACCGUGUCUGCGACAGAGGCAAAUGGUGACGUAUCCACACUGUCCACUGCAACCCACGCAACGGCUUCGUCCUCUACGCAGCAUGCGCAUCCGAGAUCAUCAAGGCAAUCAGGAGGAAAGCAAGAUGAUGGCGUGAGCAUCGAUGUGGGUGCACUCCUGACUUCCCGCAUUUCGCGCUGGCGGCGCAAGAGGAUCGCCCUGGAUCAGAGCAAUCCUCAGAGCUCCUCUGGGGUUGUGCACGGGGAACUACAAGCAAUAUUGGCUGACCGUUUACUGAUGCAGGACCUCCUUCUUCCCCGGUCUCUCGUAUCUCGUCUGUCUCGCGGAGUUCUCCCUCCCAACACCUCUCUACAAAAAGACGCCCUUCUUGCUCUUACCCGCUCCGCCACCGUCUUCAUCUCUUAUCUUGCCCACCACGCGAACGAACAAUCACAACUACGGCAUAAGAAAACACUCGGUGUGCAGGAUGUCAUGGCAGCGUUGAAGGAGAUUGAGUUUGCGAAUGUGAUGGAUCUUGGGGCUGUGGGGAAGGAUGGCAGGACUGGCGGAAGACUGGAACGGCAGGUGGAGGUCUACGAGGAGAUCAUUGGCAAGAAAAGGAGGGGUUACAGAGAGAAAGUCAAAGCCCGGGAGUCUGGUGGCGGAGCAGCAGACGGAGAUGAGGACGCCGAAGAUAGAGGAGAGCCGAGCAACAAGAAGAUUCGGCGGACGAGCGCCGAAGAGGAAGAUGAAGAGGAGAGGAUGCUGGAGCAGCAACUCAACGGGACAGUCAGCGACGAAGUGGCACCAGCUGCCGCCGAGAAAGCAAAGGCGAAGAGGAAAAAUCGCGACAGUCAGUCAAUUUCGGUUGUUGUGCGGAAUGGGAAGGGGAAAGGGAAACCUGAUUCAACCACCCGAGAGGAUGGGGGACACGGGAACCAAGGCGGAGACGAAGAUGUCGAGGAAGCAGACGACGACGAGCACGAGGAAGAUGAAGAAGAGGAGGAUGAUGAUGAUGAGGAUGAUGACCAAGAAGAGGAAGACGAGGACGAAGAACAGGACGAUGAGGACGAAGAACAGGACGAUGAGGACGACGAUGAGACCGGUGCCCAGCACGGCGAUGGCAAUGACGACGAUGACAUCGAGAUUGACGACUCUAGACAAGCCAACGGUCGCCUCCUCCCCGACGGAAACGUCGAGAUUGGAAGCGACGACGAGAGCGAUUGA